GAAUCAUUGCCCAAAGCUUCACCGAUAGUCGUCUCAGCGCUGUACCUGCAUCAGUCGCCUUUAUUUAGCUGCCUAUUCCGCUCUUCGUGCUCUGCAGUCAAGCCUUGAGAUGCAGUGAGCAGUGAACAUGCUGAAGGAUGGCAACCGUCCGAAUCUGUGUCUGCGGUGACGAGGGAGUUGGCAAGAGCUCUAUCAUCACCUCGCUCGUCAAAGAUGUCUUUGUCACCGCCAAAAUCCAGCCUGUCCUUCCCCAGGUAACACUGCCGCCCACGCUCGGAACGCCUGACAAUGUCACCACCACCAUUGUCGACACCUCCGCCCUGCCCCACGAACGACAUGCUCUACGUAAGGAGCUGCGCAAAUCGAACGUCAUAUUGCUCGUCUACUCGGACCACUAUAGCUAUGAGAGGGUCGCGCUGUUCUGGAUGCCCUACUUCCGCUCGCUGGGCGUGAACGUACCAGUGGUGCUGUGCGCAAACAAGGCCGACGUAGCCGCGAAUGGCACAACGUCGCAAGUGGUGGCGGAGGAGAUGCUGCCGGUCAUGAACGAGUUCAAAGAGAUUGACUCGUGCAUACGAACGAGCGCAAAAGAGCACGCAAAUAUUAACGAGGUCUUCUUCCUCUGCCAGAAGGCCGUCACACACCCAAUAGCGCCGCUCUACGAUUCCAAGGAGAACGCACUGAAGCCUGCUGCAGUCUCUGCGCUUCGACGCGUGUUCCAUCUUUGCGACUCGGACAAGGACGGGUACUGGAAUGACCAAGAGAUCCACGAUUUCCAAAUCAAGUGCUUCGAAAAGCCGCUUGGUGAGGACGAUCUAGCCAAUAUCAAGAAGUCGAUGGAGAGAUUUGCGCCUGGCGCUACGGAUGAGAAUGGAAUGGACGAGAAAGGCUUCUUGCUGCUCAACAAGAUCUUUGCUGAGAAAGGCCGCCACGAGACAAUAUGGAUCAUCUUGCGCAAGUUCCACUACACUGAUAGUCUCAGUUUGCAGGAUGCGUACCUACGGCCAAAGUUUGAGGUCGCACAGUUCUCCUCUGCGGAACUCAGCCCAGCUGGGUACCGAUUCUUCGCCGACCUUUUCUUGAAGUUUGACAAGGACAACGACGGUGGUCUGAACGACCGAGAACUCGCCAAUCUGUUUGCGACUACGCCCGGAGUCCCCACUUCCUGGACCGACUCGGCAUUCCCGUCGUGCACAGUGCGCAAUGACGCCGGCCAUAUCACACUACAGGGCUGGCUGGCGCAGUGGAGCAUGACUACAUUCGAGGAGCCGAAAGUGACACUCGAGUACCUAGCAUACCUUGGAUUUGAGAGCAACGACCGGAGUGGUACGACCAGCGCGUUGAAGCAGACGAAAGCCAGGAAGCGGAGGAACAGGCCUGCGCGGGUCGAGCGCAACGUCUUUCUAUGCUAUGUGCUAGGGUCGAGCGGCAGUGGAAAGAGCACGCUGCUGUCGUCGUUCCUGCAACGCCCCUUUUCACAGACAUACCACCCCACUAUCAAACCGCAGUCGGCUGUCAACAGUGUCGAGCUCAAGGGCGGAAAGCAAUGCUACCUGAUCAUCGAGGAGCUGGGCGAGCUGGAGCCGGCGAUCCUCGAGAACCAGGCCAAGCUCGACGCGUGUGACUUGCUGUGCUACACGUACGACUCGUCUGACCCCGACAGCUUUGCGCACAUUGUCGAUCUGCGCAAGAAGUACCCGCAGCUCGACGCGCUGCCUGCGGUGUAUACAGCGCUGAAGGCAGACCAAGACAAGACGAUGCAGCGAUGCGAGCAGCAGCCUGACGGAUACACGAGCGCGCUGCGCAUGGCGCCGCCGCUGCAUGUCAGUGCAACGUGGAGCAGCAUCUCGGAGCUGUUCGUCCAUCUGGCUGAGUGUGCGACGCAUCCGUCGACCGCGUUCCCGAAGAACGAAGACGAGGGCGGCUACGAUAACAUGAACCUGUAUCUGGCGCUGGGCGCCGCGACGUGCGUGGUUGCGUCGGCCGUCUUCGUCUGGAAGCGAAACAGCGCGUCCUCGUGAUAGAGGCGAGAGACGACCCGUGGACCUCAGGCGGCGGGAGACCGGGAACUGGGACUCGGGCCGUAGUAGAUAAUCAAUAAUGCACUCGUCGCUCUGCGCGAA